AUGUCUAUCCCCGAGUCCUGUUCAGUUCUAGUGAUUGGAGGAGGACCUGGUGGGUCGUACGCAGCAUCAACGCUUGCUCGGGAAGGGGUAAACGUUGUGGUGCUCGAGGCCGAUCAUUUUCCGAGGUAUCACAUUGGCGAGACGAUGUUGGCGUCUCUGAGGCACCAUUUGCGCUUCAUCGACCUUGAGAAGACAUUUGACGACUAUGGGUUCUGCCACAAGAACGGCGCGGCGUUCAAAUUGAACAACAAGCGAGUUGGCUAUACCGACUUUCGCGCCGUCAACGGCGAACAUGGCUACUCGUGGAAUGUGAUCCGCUCCGAAUCAGAUAAACUAAUGUUAGAUCAUUCGGAAAAGAUGGGCGCCAUCGUAUUUCAAGGCGUUAAGGUCGAGUCACUCGAAUUCGCACCACCCGAUCCCGACUUUCCCGCCGACGAGAAGGUCUGCAACCCAGGACGGGUGACUUCGGCGUCAUGGGUGCGUAAGGCCGACGGUACCACGGGCUCCAUCAAGUGUGACUAUAUCAUCGAUGCCAGUGGGCGCCACGGCUUGAUUUCCACCAAGUAUCUCAAGAACCGCAAGCACAACCAGGCGCUCAAGAACGCCGCGACCUGGGGUUACUGGAAGGGGUGUAAGACCUAUGCCCCAGGCACUCGGCAGGAAGGCUCCCCGUUUUUCGAAGCCUUGACGGACGGCAGUGGCUGGUGCUGGGCAAUCCCUCUACACGACGGCACCAUGUCUGUUGGCGUCGUUAUACGCCAGGACUUAUCCGUGGCGCACAAGAAAGCCCUAGGAUCCCCUUCUAUGGUGGACUUUUACAAGCACUGCGUGAGCCUCUCGACGCACAUCCACGAGCGCCUGGCUGAUGCCGAGCUCGUAUCCAACGUCAAGGCGGCGGCAGAUUGGUCGUACAGUGCGUCUUCGUACGCGGGUCCAAAUCUACGCUUGGUGGGCGAUGCGGGUUGCUUCAUUGACCCGUACUUCAGCUCCGGAGUGCACCUCGCCUCGGCUGGCGCGCUUUCGGCUGCCAUGACUAUCCAGGCAGUCCGCCGGGGCGACUGUACCGAGUAUGAGGCCGCUAAGUGGCACUCUACCAGGGUGGCUGAGAGCUACUCACGCUUCCUCCUCGUUGUGUUGGCGGCGCUUCGGCAGAUCCGUAAAGGGGACGAACCGGUGCUCAGCGACUUUGAUGAGGACGGGUUCGACCGAGCAUUUGGAUUCUUCAAACCAAUCAUUCAAGGUCAUGCCGAUACCGACGUAGGCGGGAAGCUCACACAAGGUCUCGUCUCCAAAUCGGUCGACUUUUGCCUGCACGCCUUUGACGAAGUCGCGCCCGAAAAGCACCAGGAGGUGCUCCAGAAGCUCCGAAGUGUGCAAGUCGAGCCGGGCACCGAAACGCUGGAAGACCUCGAAAAGCUUAACGAUGAGGAAUUGCGCAUCCUACGCACGAUCCGUGCGCGCCAGAUCCUGAGCGCCGAGGAGUCGGUCAACAUGCAUGGCUUCGAGCAGGUAUCAAUUAACGGUUUUGCGCCCCAAUUGGUUCGUGGCAGUCUGAGCUUGCGCAAGGUCGAUCCUACAGCACUUCCCACGGCUGCUGAGAGUCUAUUCAAGUCUUCCUCUGCACGUGGCCUGUACAGGUGA